AUGGGUAGCCCGCCGCAUCCCCAAACGGAUGCAGAUAGAGAAUUUCUCGAGGCUCUGUUCCCCCUUCUCAGAAAAAAGGGAUUCCCAGAUAAAUUCGAAUUCCCGCUGGUCGCCAAUCCGGACUACGUCCCACCCGUCAACACUUUUUAUUGUUUAAUAACUGGGGUAGUAUUCUGUGUCCUCACAUCAUGCGUAGUGUGCAUACGACUAUGGGUGAGGAGCCGAGGGCUCUUUGGCCCGGAUGAUUGGGCAAUGCUAGCAUCAUUUGUAAGUUCAAUUAAACUACGAUCGAAGUAUCAGCUUUCGACAAAUUAA